CGUCUGUCUGUUCGUCAACUACACACAACGUUGGUUCGGUGUUUUUAGAAAUCGGGAAACUGUUUCGCCAAAGAUGCCGAGCAAAAGAAGUAGCAAGAGUAUAACGCCAAGCAGUGGUAAGGGAAAUAACUCUUCCAGUGAUAGUGACAGCAGAGACAGUGGUAGCUCAUCUAGUAGUGGCUCAUCAAGCAGUAACAGUAGUCAUAGUGACAGUGAUUCAGACAGCCGCUCAAGGUCACCUCGAAGGGUCAAAUCCAAAUCAAGGUCUCCUCGUGUAAAGGAAAAUGUUUCUAAACAUGAAAAGGAAAAAUCUUUUGUUAAAACAAGUUCUGGAUCACCUAGAGAUACGACAGGAAAGAAAAGGACCUCAAGGUCAAAAUCUGGGUCGCCAAAAAUCAGAACAUUAGGAAAGAGGACUUCAAGGUCAAAAUCUGGAUCACCGCAGAACAGUAGGGAAUCUAGGUCAAAUUCUAGAUCUUCUGUUAUCAAAGAAAAAGGCACACCAGGUAAAAGGGAAUCUUCUAGAUCUAAAUCAAGGUCCAAGUCUAAAUCAAGAUCUCGAUCAAAGUCUGGAUCUAAGUCUAAAUCAAGGUCUAGAUCAAAGUCUAAAUCAAGGUCUAGAUCAAAGUCUGGAUCAAGGUCUGGAUCUAGGUCUAGAUCAAAGUCUAAAUCAAGGUCUGGAUCUAGGUCUAGAUUAAAGUCUGGAUCUAAGUCUAAAUCAAGGUCUGGAUCUAGGUCUAGAUCAAAGUCUGGAUCUAAGUCUGGAUCAAAGUCUGGAUCGCCACAGAAGAAAGAUGAAGUCACACAACAGGAAAUAAACCGACCAUCCAGCAGAUCAAAAUCAGCAUCACCAGAAGUGGAAGAUAAAGUAGAAUUAUCUCUCGACAGAGUGACAUCUAUCUCCCCACUUCGUGAAAAAGAUGAUGAUGAACAGUCGAAAUCAAUGUCGCAUUCCAGAGAGAAAUCUAAAUCUAGGUCUAAUUCACCAGAUGCUAGUAAGGCCAAGUCCAAAUCUCCAGUACGCCGGUCCGGGUCUGUCACUCCUCCUCAUCAUGACAUGAGUAACUUCCACAGUGAGCCAGAGAGUGGUGAGAUCACAGACAGUGAUGAGGAAGUUCCUGCUGUUCUCAGAUCUGCUGUCGGGAUUUCAAGAAGAAGAGGGAGAGAGGAUGGAGAGUACAAUAGUGACAGUAGUCAAGACCGAAAGAGGAGACGAGGUGGUCGUCGCAGCAGCAGUGAGGAGGACCGCAGGUUCCGCCGAGACGAUAGACGCCGAGACGACUACAGGGAGCGUUACAGAGAUGACAGACGAAGAGAUGAUCGCAGAGGGGUUGAUGACAGACGAGGACGUGAUCGUAAUGAUCGGUACAGGGAUGAUGAACGCAAUGAUGUACGCAGGCGAAACGAUGAUAGAAGAAGGGAUGAUGACAGACGAAGAAAUGAUGACAGGCGGAGAGAUGAUGACAAACGGAGAGAUGGUAGUAGGGACACGGAUAAAAUGUCAACAAGUGACAAGAAAGGGAGUGAGGAAGGAAAACCGGACGACAAAAAGGAUGGAGAGAAGGCCGCUAAACCUGCUGCAAAUAAAGCUUCAGCUCUAACAACAAGGACUGGUGGUGCCUACAUUCCUCCGGCUCGUCUCCGAAUGAUGCAGGCUGGAAUAACCGAUAAAACAAGUGUGGAGUUCCAGAGGAUAGCGUGGGAGGCGCUGAAAAAAAGCAUCAAUGGUCUUGUGAACAAAGUAAACGUAUCCAACCUGGUGGAUAUCGUCAAGGAGUUGUUUCAGGAAAACAUCGUCAGAGGAAGGGGCUUGCUGUGUCGUUCAGUGAUCCAGGCCCAGGCAGCCUCGCCUACCUUCACUCACGUGUAUGCUGGUCUAGUCUCUGUCAUCAACACAAAGUUUCCACAAAUUGGUGAGCUGAUGAUGCGUCGUCUGGUGAUUCAGUUCCGUCGAGGAUUUAAACGUAAUGACAAAGCCUUGUGUCUAUCCACAACACGCUUCCUAGCCCACCUAGUGAACCAGCAAGUUGCACACGAGGUUAUAGCUCUGGAAAUAUUGACCCUAUUACUGGAGAAUCCUACAGAUGACUCGGUAGAGGUGUCCAUUGGUUUCCUGAAGGAGUCUGGUCAGAAGCUGACUGAGGUGUCGCCCCGGGGAAUCAACGCUAUAUUUGAGAGACUGCGGAACAUCUUACAUGAGGGCAUGAUAGAAAAACGUGUGCAGUACAUGAUUGAGGUCAUGUUUGCUGUCAGGAAAGACGGGUUCAAGUGUCUCAUCCUAAGGAGUGAAAGGAAAAACAGUCAUAUUCUGGACGAGGAUAGCUCAGACGAGGAUGGGUCUGGUAGCGGGUCGGGUAGUGACAGUGAAAGUGAGGAUGAUGAAGAGAAAGAAGCUGCGAACCAGGUGAUCAUUGACAAGACGGAGACAAAUCUGGUGGCUCUACGUCGUACCAUCUACCUCACAAUUCAGUCUAGUCUCGACUUCGAGGAGUGUGCUCACAAACUUCUCAAGAUGGAACUCAAGCCUGGCCAGGAGGUGGAAUUGUGUAACAUGGUGCUGGACUGUUGCGGGCAGCAGAGAACCUAUGAAAAGUUCUUUGGUCUCUUGGCACAGAGAUUCUGUAUGAUUAACAAGAAGUUCAUAGGCCCAUUCCAGGAUAUGUUCAAGGAGCAGUACGAAACUACACACCGUCUGGAGACCAAUAAACUCCGCAAUGUGGCCAAGUUCUUCUCCCACCUUCUACACACUGAUGCCAUUUCCUGGGGGGUGCUGUCCUGUGUGAGACUGAAUGAAGAGGACACAACCUCGGCCAGCAGGAUCUUCAUCAAGACCUUGUUCCAGGAACUCUCCGAGUAUAUGGGCCUUCCUAAGCUGAACAAUCGGCUUCGGGACCCGACUCUGGUCCAGUUCUUUGAGGGCAUGAUGCCACGUGACAACCCAAGGAACACCAGAUUUGCUAUUAAUUUUUUCACCACUAUCGGACUUGGGGGACUGACGGAUGACCUUCGAGAACAUCUUAAAAACAAGUCUAAACAGUUAAUGCAGCAGAAGGCAGCUGAGGCUGACGAGGAAUCAUCAUCCUCCUCUUCAUCAUCAUCAUCCUCAUCAUCUUCAUCCUCUUCUUCCGAUUCAAGUUCAUCUUCUUCAUCAGAGAGCUCAUCAGAUGACGACAAACCUACAAAAAGGAAAAAGUCAACCAAGGAUAGUAAGGGUAGGCAACAGAAAGAAAAGCAAGCCAGGAAAGAAAAAAGUCUUAUCAAUGCUAAACAACGAAAACAGAGAAACGAUUCGUCGUCAGAGGAGGAAGAAGAAAAAAUCAGGAAGGAAAAUAGAAAGGAAAAAAAGGCAAAAGAUACUCCAAGGAGUGUAAAGGAUAAAAAAGAAGUAAACAGAAAUAUCAAUAGGGGAAAGAGAGAUGAUUCAGAGGAGGUGAUUAUAGAACGACAGAACAACCGAGGGAGAGACUACCGUGAACAUGCUGAUGAAGGAAAUAAGACAGGGAGGAGGGAUAAAAAAGGCAGGAAGGAUGAUAGUGGCUCUGAGGAUGAUAGGAGAGUGAGGAGGGGAGGGAGCAAUCAGAGAAAUGAUCGACAGGCAGGAAACGAUCGCGGGAACGAAGGACGAAACGAUCACGGGAAAGAGGGACGAAACGAUCGCGGAAAAGGUAGAGAAGAUAGUGAUUCCGAGGAAGAGGAAGUGAUGGAUAGAAGUAGAAGUAACAGAAAAGAUCGGUCUAGAACCAGCGAUCCUGGACAAAUAAGCGAUCGACAACAGAGCAAUGAUAGACAGAGUAGAAAGGAUCGACAUAAUAGGAAUGAUCGCCAGCAAAGUAAUGAUCGGGAAAGUAGAAACGAUCGACUGCAAAGCAAUGAUCGGCGAAAAAGAAAUGAUCAGCAAGAAAAUAAUGAAAGACAUAAUAGAAAUGAUAGACAGGAAAAAUAUGAACGCCAGAAUAGAAAUGAUCGACAAGAAAGUUUCGAAAGACAAAGUAAAAAUAAUCGGCAACAAAGUUAUGAUAGACAAAGUAGAAAUGAUCGGCAAGAAAUUUACGAAAGACAAGGUAAAAAUAAUCGGCAACAAAGUAAUGAGAGACAAAGUAGAAAUGAUCGGCAACAAAGUAAUGAAAGACAAAGUAGAAAUGAUCGGCAACAAAGUUAUGAUAGACAAAGUAGAAAUGAUCGGCAACAAAGUAAUGAAAGACAAAGUAGAAAUGACAGGCAACGAAGACAGAGAGCGGACAGUGAUUCUGAUGAGGAAGAAAUGAAUACAAGUAAAAUCGGGAGAAAUGAUGAAAGGCAGCAAAGAAAUAAAAAACGAAGUAGACAGAAUGAAAGUAAUGAUGAGGAAGUAACAGAUAGAAAGAAAAGUAGAGGAAAAGAAAGUCAGAGGGAUACAGAAAAUGAUAAAAGGCAGCAAAGGAAUGAAAAACGUAGGCGAGAACAAAGUAGUAAUUCAGAGGAGGAAGUGAUUGAGCGAAGGAAAAGCAGUGGAAAAGCGAAUCAAAGAUAUUCUGAAAAAGAUGUCAGAUCACAAAGGAAUGAUGGUAAGCAACAGCGGAGACAGCAAGCAGGCAGUGAUUCUGAGGAGGAAAUGGAAGACAGAAGGAAAAGUAAGGGUAAUCUGAGAAAGAAUGAAAACGAUUCCAGGCAAAGAAAUGAAAGGCAACCUGCUAGAAGGGGUGUUGGAAGUGAGUCUGAAGAAGAAAUUGUAGAUCGUAGAAAUAGUAGGGGACAAGAUAACUCGAGAAUUAAUAAUGAUAGAAGGCCACAGAUGGAUAAAAGACAAAGGAAGGAAGAAACUAGUGAUUCAGAGGAAGAGGUUGCAGACAGAAGGAAAUCUCAAGGAAAGGUUAAAAGUGUUGUAAAUGACAAAAGGGAACCGCAGAAACAUCGAGCAGCUGUAAGGAAGGAAGCCAGCAGUAGUAGUAGUAGCAGCAGCAGUGGCAGUGGUUCCAGUAGUAGUAGUGGUAGUAGUAGUAGUAGCUCCGACUCUGACUCCGACUCGGCUGAGGAAGUCGUGGUGGAACCCAAAAAUAAGGAUAAAAUUAAGAGUAAACCAAAAUCUACAAACGAUACAUAUUUCGAUCCGUGGGAAAGGCAAAAGAAAGGUAAAGACGAAAAACAGGAAAGCUCUGCAAAGGGAGCUAAAUCUACCAAACAUAACAGAAGUACAGAAAAAGUCGGCAAAAAGGCAAGGAUGGAUAGUUCUUCUGAGGAAAGUAGUGAGGAGGAAAGAGUAGUGGAACGGUACAGCAAGUCAGAUAAGUCUAGAGAACAAUCACGCAGAAUUGAUAGGAUCGCUCAAGAAAGUGAAAGUGAGGAAGACGAUCAUCAAGACAAAUAUACUGAGAAUGUGCAGAAAAAAGAGAGGCAAUCCCAUAACGGUGGAGAGGUGCAGAGGUCCAGAACAAGGGAACAGACUCGAGAGAAGCCAGAGAAAAAACAGCAACAGCAGGUGGAAAGUUCUGAAGAAGAAGUACAACACUUUGAUAGGGGAGAUAGGGCUCAAAAGAGGGACAAGAAGUCAUUUGUAAGGGACGAGGAAGAAAGUUCAUACACAUCUCGCGAAAAAUACAGGAAAAAAGAGGCAUAUUCAGAUAGUGAGGAGGAGGAGGUGAACUACGGCAGGAAAGGGAAAUCUAGUACUAAGUCCCGAGAUACUUCACGGGACGAAUCUAUGGACAAAUCUUAUGAAAAAUCAAGGAAAAAGGACCAACGUGAAUCGCGGGAAGAGUACGAGGAAAGUCCUCGGAGAUUGAAUAGCAAAUUAACAAAAAGUUCUCCUGUGGUAAAAAAUAAGUCUGAAAUUCAGGAACGAUUGAGCAAGAUUGCAAGUGGUGAGGAUAUGCAGGAUUAUAAUCGUAGUGAAAGAGCAAUAGACAAAUACAAUACACGCUCGCCCGACAGAUCCAAUAACAGGGACAGAUACAAGAGUAGGUCUCGCUCUCCUGUACGUAGGGAGAGGGAGGUCGACAGCCACCGGGGAUACGGGGGCAGAAGGAGGUGAUAUUAAUAGCUUUUAGGUCCACGGUUGUCAAAUAUCUUACGGCAGUGUUUAUAUGAACCUCACGAAAUGUUUCAAAAAUAUUUCGAAAACUGGAGACGGAAGGCUUUUUCAUUUUAACGCUGAUAGAAAAUCUUUAUACAUACAGUCGUGUCGACAAUAAAUACUGCAACAAAUGUUGAUCAAGUGUUCUGGCAGAGAAGACCACAAGCUUCUCAGUGCUUUCAGGAUAAAUAUUGUCUGUAUUAGUUUGUGCCAUUGUCAAACAAGUGAAAACUGAAACAACUGCUAUAGAUCUUAUAGGUGUUUUUAUGAAGAAGAUACCAUAUUCCGGGAAUUGUUUUGUCUGUCAAACGAGUGAAACCUGAAACAAUUGCUAUAGAUCCUAUAGGUAAUUUUAUUAGGUUUAAAAUAUUGUAUACCUGGACAUUUUCACUGCAGUUCAUCUUUUCCCUUUUUUGCCAUCCAUAAUGAAGGCAAAUUAAUCAUGACAGUGAUUUUUGAAAACAACAUGAUUUUUGUAUUAUAUGUGAAGACUAGACUACUGAGUCUCCCACAACAAAUAUAUAGUGGGUAUAUAUAAUUCUCCAUAUGGUUAUACAGUGUACCUGUACUUUAAACUGAAGCUGUGCAUAGCCAUGCACCGGUGUGAUAGCCCCAGUGUGUUAUCUUAUGGAUGUUGUUGCGAGUGCUGUUUGAAAUUGGGGAUCACAUUGGUGGCAGCAUCGGUCAUGAUGGUUGACUGAGGGACAAUGUUUACAAGCAUUUCGUUUUGAAUCUGGCAUGUGCUGUCCUGUGUGAGGCGAUGAUCAUAGUGCUAAAUGUGGAUGAUGGGGAUGAUGGAAGUAGCGCCAUUGGGGCCCAGAGGUGAACAUUUGAUAAUGUGCUAAAAUACGAGUGCUCAAAAAUAAGUAUAUUUACAGUAACUGUUUUAAUACCCUGAGGGUUUGAAAUUAAUUUCUUGUUCCAAUAAAGCUAUUAAGUGCAGUCAAACUAGAGCCAUAUUAAUGGGUGUCCCAAAUAGUUUGGCCCGAGUUGUUCCUUUAUGAAACAGGGACGCACCUCGUGGUCUGAUGUCUGUUACAAAAACUGUCAAGGCCUCCUUUAACAUUUGCAGAUCUGCUUGACUUGAUUCCUGAAAAUGUUACUUUAAAAAGUAAAUCGACCUGUCUUUGUGGAUAGGCAAAAGGCAGUACGUUAUCAGAAAUCUUAAGUUAUUUUAAAGAACAUAAAAUGGGGAGUCUCGGUAAAUUGAAUCCAGUUUACAGGUUUUGGCCCAAAAGGUUGGCCAUCAUCAGAAUCCUUUUUUUAUUCAUUUCAAAGAAAUCAAUUCCCUUAAUUUUCAGUGCAGUUAUGUCCUAUGCGACCAAAUCUUCAUUGUAGAAACUCAUACAAUAUACUUCCUAGGAGAUUUAAUGACCAUUAUAUGCAUGAACAUGGAGAAAUAAAUUCAUUUAAGAUCAUCUGUUAUAGAAUAUAAACAUUACAAAAAAUAUAAGUUGAUCAUUUGUGAUUAAAGUGCCUUUCAGUUCUCUUGCAACUUUCAUUUUGAAAUUGCCCUCGUCAUUCUACAGAUAUUAAUCAGAUAGUACAAGACUUUCCAAAACUAGAGUGUCGUUUUCAUUGACCUAGUGGACAAUUGUUUUGUAAACAACUUUAUCACAUAGUGAAAAAGUAGUUUGUACAAAACUUGACAAAAGAAUAGUGUGUAUUGUGAAGCAUGGUUACCUCCCCUGUCUCAAGAAGUAAAAACAUGUUUUCCAAAUGAAAGUUAUUAAACAUGGCCCAACUAAACAUGUGUCGGUCAACCAACCGUGAUUCCCAAUCAAUACAUUGAGACAUAACUAUGUUUUUGCUUGUUUGUUUGAUAAAAAAUAUUUUAUUUGUGUAUUUAGAAGAAAUUUAGGUUCGUAUAGUAUUUGUGGUACAUUAUUUUGACUGCAUAUUCUGAUGUUAGAGAGAAAUUUGUUUUAUUUCAUAACUUCUGAACAUGUCAGAAUACAUGUUUAGCUAUCGUACCCCAGAUUGUUGUUUCCUUGCUGGAAAAUAGCAUUUCUUCUUCUACUUCCAAUUUGACAUAUGAUGAACAAUUCCAUAAUUUGAAAUGAAAAAUUGAAUUAAAAUUUCAGAACUUGGAUAAUUGGUAUACUGAAAGUAUGGAAGAAAGUGGACAGAUUCCUGUUCCUGGGUGCAAAUACAGCUACCAUAAAGGUUGAGCCCUUAUUGUCACGAUAAUUUUUAAUGCAAAAUCGUGAGAGAGAAAAAAUGUCCACUUUUAUAGUACAGCAUUUUGUAUGGAAUUAAACCUUAUGUCCAGGUCUACGUUGUUGAUAGAUAGACCCUGUUAAUUUAUCAUAUUGAUAUUGUAGAGGUAAUAUAGAGCCACUUUUAUUCAUUGUUUUCCAAAAGGUUCUACUAGUUCAAACAGUUAUUCAUUUAUGAAAUACAGGUAAAUUUAUGAAAUACAGGUAAACAGGUAAAUUUAUGAAAUACAGGUAAACCUGUUUGUUAGAUGAGAGCUGUGGCGAAAAGCUUGAGGCCUGAUAAAGAAGAAUUGAUCCUUAAAAAUCGUAUACAGUUAAACCUUGAUAAAACGCCUGUCUCAUUUUUGUCCCACUUUGCUUGCUGCUAACAUAUUUCCAGGUUCCAAUUAUCCUUAACAGUUCCUGUAUAUAUGUCUCUCUAUAUAUCCCAAACCAUUUCAUAAUGUUGAAUUUUGCUGGACAAAUGAUGGACAUACAAACAAGGUUUUACUGUAUUUAAAGAUAAACUGAUUGUUUCAUGUAACAAAAUCAGGUAAUAUUAGUGCUAAUUUAGACUUUCUGCAGCGUAGCUGUUGUAAACGUACGGUUUCAGUGAAAGUCUAGACAUACCAGGUUCCAAUGUUGUUUUAUAUAAUGUAUUUUUUUCCAUCUUUUUUCUCCUUUUGUUCAAAGAAUUGAAUGCAUGAGAGGUUUGAAUGAUAUACACAAUGUAUAUUAUAUAACGUGAUGCAAGGUUUAUAUAUCAAGUCAUGUUAGUGCUAAGACCUCAACUUUCUGUAGCACUGGCGUUACAUUUGGUCAAGUUUGGGGUCGAGAGCAAAAGACUAUACAUAAGAGGUUUGUAUGUUAUUUUAUAUUGUCUUUACUACUUCUGUUACCUUUUGUUUGGGUUUAUCCCUUUCGACCCUAUGUAGCUUUAGUAGACUCGACCAUGCAUUGAUCUGGAUGAGUCCAUUAUAGUCUAUAGCGGUGAAAGGGUUAAGAGUCGAGUGCCGAGUGAAGAAGUUGUUUGAAUGAUACACAUUAUAUUAAUGUUAUGCAAGGUUUCGGUGCCUAAUGACCAAGGUUCCUUCAGAUCUCCAGUACUGAUGUUCUGAUUUGUGAAAUAUUUAGGUUAGCAUGUUUGUCAGGUAAUGGUAUGGGUGUCCGAUAAUAGAAUGGGUGUUUAUGGUAUAUUUUUGUGUGAAUAAGGAAAUGAUAAUGUAAAUGAAUUAUUUUGCUGCAAGGUCUAAAAACUGUAAACUUGAUUAUGCUAUUGUAUGAAUGUUACUGAAAAUGGUAUAAAAAAGUGAUUUUUUUUGCUACGAAGGUGAGCGAAAAAAUAAAUAAAUAAGAUAACAAAAAAAUGGUGAUGCAUAGAAAAUUGUCUUUUUGUUGUUUUU